GCUGUCGAACACGCCAAGGCGGAAAGAAACAACCUCGAUGUCAAGCUGAAUCGCAGUGCAGCUCAGAGCAAGGAGCAGGAAGAUACUUUGGCCAAAGUCGACGAGGCUCUACGCAAACUUGUCGAAAAGGAGAGCGGUCUGAUUCGGGAAGAACUUCAAUCCGUGCACCGGAAGAUGGCCUCUCAACAGACGAAGAUCGCUGACAUUGAGUUGCGUUGGCUGGACAAUCACCCGUCGAUGGAGAGCAGUCUCGUGGCAUCCGGGAAGAAUGCCGACGCAAGCAAAGUCGCAAGCUCCCCGCAAACGAGCGACGAAAGUCCGGCGGUGUUCGAACCAACAACUCCAGGCUCUCUGAAGAUAGAUGCCCGAGGAGGCUUGGCGGCUGUGUCUGGCCACGCCUCGCCGCCGGUCAUGGGAUCUUUUAUUUUGCCGCAAGCGAAGCCGUGGACCUCUUUCUGCAAACUCCCGUCAAACUCGCAAGCACAAGGAGUCCGAACGAUUGCUGGCAAUGUGGCUUCUGGGACGGCGUCGCCCCUUCCUGGUGGAGUUUAUUCACCUCGAGCCCCUGUCACCGUACAUACAGUGCCUGCUACAUUGUCGUCGCACCGGCUGCUUGCGACCCCCGACAGGAGUCCGAACAUCAAGUACACGAGGUCACCAUCCUUGGAUGGACGUCAUACGGCGACGAUGCUAUAA